AUGUUGGAUGACCCCGGGGUUAGACUGCGAAAUGCAGUAAUGGUCGGGAAGCUGUUGAUAGUGAAACGCAUUCUUUCGCGUUUCCCAGACCUCAUAAACGUCAUAGACCCUAGUAACGGGUGGUCAUUACUUCACUACGCAUCCUACUACGGAAGGUAUCUAACAUGCGUACACUUGGUCCAACUGGGCCAUGGUAAGAGCGAGGUACUGCGAACCUUCAAAGGUAACACAUGCGUGCACUUAGCUCUAUUAAAUGGUCAUGAACAAACUGCUCACCUUUUAUUGCAGCACUUCCCGUACUGUCUGAACAUGAAAGGCCACAAGGGUCUAACACCCGUACAGAUGACAUGUUUACACGACCAUCACCAAUGUUUGAGCCUUCUGCUUAGCCUCGGUGCAGAUAUUAGUGUACGUGAUGAUAACGGAAACACGGCAUUGCAUACCUGCCUUAUGUAUGGGAGCGAGAGCUGCAUGAGAAUGCUUGUGCUAGAAGCUAAUAUGGAGGACUUGGAGAGCCAAAAGCUUGGUGAAUGGACGCCGGCAGACUUGUGUCAGACUUUUGAGUUAGCCGAAGCAUAUCAAAAGGCUUUAAAGGAGAAGCAGGCUCGCGCGAAAUUGUCAAAGAGGCCUAGCUACCAGUUCGUAGCUUCGCCACUCACCAUACCCCAGCCCUUCUUUGAAAAUACAGGGUCGCCAUUGCUCACCAGCUCCCCGGCAGUACAGUCUUUAACAUCAAGCUUACCUCCUCUGCCGCAAAUUUCCACCAGCCGAAGGACAUCCGUUGGGAGCCAAAACGUAUGGUCGCCCAGAACACCAAUUAUGUGCGCACACAAUACAGCAAGCGUUAAUACACCUUCCAAGAAACUGACAACCAAACCUUCAAUAAGCAGCCAGAUGGGCUCAGCGUCUUCCGCAUCUCUCUCGCAUCAGGAAAGCGCUUUGAGCAUGAACAGUGGCAGGAAUAAGCCGCAGGAACAUUUCGCGACACCAAAGUUCUCACGACCUUCUACAGCCAAUACGCCUUCAAUGGGAAAGAGCAUAUCUACAACAAGUAUCACAAGCAGUGACAACAACACAACAAAGAAUUCACCUCUGUUUCAUGAUACCCAGACGCGACCAGUACUGAGGGCGGGUUCCCGAAGUGAUUCGCGCGAGGCCUCCCGAGACUCAGUAGCAUCACAAAAACAUUCUAUGGCACCACCGAAAAGCGCCCCGAUCUCUCUUCUUAACAUUCCAAUAUCAAAGCUACGGAACAGGGACUAA